AUGAUUCUCACAAGCGAUGGCUAUGUCUAUGGAUGGGGUGAUAAUUUGUACGGACAGUUAGGUUGUGGACCAGACAGAGAUAUGCGAAAAGGGGACACAUUUCGAGUGAAUUUCAAUCCUAUUUACGAAAUUAAAAGCAUUUUGUGUUGUUUUUACUCUUCAUUUGCCAUCACAUCGGAGGGACAGGUGUUUAGUUGGGGUCGAAAUGCAAAGAAUAAUUUGGGACACAAUUCAUUGCGUGAUAUAUGGGAACCACAACUCAUUUCAGGCUUGAGUGAUAUCAAGACUAUCUGUUCCGGUGGCGAUUUUUCUGAAGUGAAUGAUUACAACCGUUUGUACGAAGAGUUACAUUCAUUAGGUUCGGGAUCUUUUGGGGAAGUGGUUGUUGUUAAGCGUAAAUAUGAUGGACUAGAAUAUGCGAUAAUGACCAUUUGCUGGAAUAUAAUUCACAGAGACCUCAAACCCGACAAUAUAUUAAUUGCGCGAAAGGUUAGGAACGGGAGGUUUAUAAAGUUAGGUGACUUUGGAUUGGCGACAUUGCACUCCAGUUCCCCUGGAAGUCAUACCACAGGAGUGGGUACUCGCCAAUACAUGCCACCGGAAUUCCCCUGAAUUGAGUAUUUACUCGGGAUAUGAAAUAUACGACAAAUUCAUUAAAUUGGAUCAAAUCCUUGACUUGAUGUGUGUUCCCAUUCAUAGCACUCGACCCGAGUGUUCACAAGUAUUAUCGGAAUAUAACUUAUGGUCUAUUCAUGAGAAUUGUCUCAAAACUGAUCCCACAUUUGAUUCCAAACUAAAACUCAUUCAACAAAAUGAUUACAAGUUUUUUGCUCAAUAUUUGAUUGAAAACUUGGAUCAGAAAUCUGGUGAUCAGCUCAUA